CCCUCCCUCCCUCCCUCCCUCCCUCUUACUCGGAGACAGUCAGAACUCUCCUCCCUGACAGCCACCAACCUACCGCACUGCCUGCAUUCGGAGAGGGAACCUGCAAACAAAACUUCACAGGAAACUUUGUUCUUGUUCCAGAGAAUUCGCUGAACGGGAGAAGGAGGGGGAAAAAAACGAGGAAAGGAAGAAAAGAGAAAAGAGAGAGAAAGGAAGACAGGAAGAAAGGGAGGGAAACCCCCCCCCCAACACCCCAACCUGUGCGCGAGCGGGGCAGGGAAGCCGGGCCUUGGGAGGAGGCGCCCACCCCGACCGCGCGGCCAGGAUGCCCCUGCUGUGGCUCCGAGGACUCCUGCUGGCGAGCUGCUGGGCGGCCGUGAGGACGUCCCCCACCCCGGGGCCCGAGGGCGCCUGCCCGUCCUGCGCGCUGGCCGCGCUGCCCGCGGAUGCGCCCGGCCCGCAGCCGGACAUGGUGGAGGCCGUCAAGAGGCACAUCCUGAACAUGCUGCACUUGAAGAAGAGGCCCGAAGUCACGCAGCCGGUGCCCAAGGCGGCGCUCCUGAACGCCAUCAGGAAGCUGCAUGUGGGCAAAGUGGGGGAGAACGGGUACGUGGAGAUCGAGGACGACAUCGGCCGCAGGGCAGAAAUGAAUGAACUCAUGGAGCAGACCUCGGAGAUCAUCACGUUCGCGGAGUCAGGCACAGCCAGGAAAACGCUGCACUUUGAGAUUUCCAAAGAAGGCAGUGACCUGUCGGUGGUGGAGCGUGCAGAAGUCUGGCUCUUCCUCAAAGUCCCCAAGGCCAACAGAACCAGGACCAAAGUCACCAUCCAGCUCUUGCAGAAGCAACCCCAGGGCGGCGUGGACGCAGGGGAGGAGGCGGAGGAAGCGGGCUUCACGGAGGAGAGGAACGAGGUGUUGAUAUCGGAGAAGGUGGUGGACGCGCGGAAGAGCACCUGGCACAUCUUCCCGGUCUCCAGCAGCAUUCAGCGGUUGCUGGACCAGGGCAGGAGCUCGCUGGACGUUCGGAUCGCCUGUGAGCAAUGCCACGAGACAGGCGCCAGCCUCGUGCUCCUGGGCAAGAAGAAGAAGAAGGAGGAGGAGGGGGAAGGGAAGAGGAAGGACGGAGGAGACGCGGGGGCAGACGACGACAAGGAGCAGUCCCACAGACCUUUCCUCAUGCUGCAGGCCCGCCAGUCUGAAGACCACCCUCAUCGGCGGCGGAGGCGGGGCCUGGAGUGUGACGGCAAGGUCAACAUCUGCUGUAAGAAACAGUUCUUUGUUAGUUUCAAGGACAUUGGCUGGAAUGACUGGAUCAUCGCUCCCUCCGGCUAUCACGCCAACUACUGCGAGGGUGAGUGCCCGAGCCACAUAGCAGGCACGUCUGGGUCCUCGCUCUCCUUCCACUCGACCGUCAUCAACCACUACCGCAUGCGGGGCCACAGCCCCUUCGCCAACCUCAAGUCGUGCUGUGUGCCCACCAAGCUGAGACCCAUGUCCAUGCUGUACUAUGAUGAUGGGCAGAACAUCAUCAAAAAGGACAUUCAGAACAUGAUAGUGGAGGAGUGUGGGUGCUCAUAGAGCACCCAGCCCAGGGGGGACGGGAGCCAGAGUUGUCCAGAGAAGACAGUGGCAACACGAAGAAAUGUUUAAGGUUUCGGAGUUAAACAAGCAGAAAAAAAUAUAUAGAAAUUAAAAAAAAAAAAAUAAACUAAAAACAAAACCUGAAACAGAUGAAGGAAGAUGUGGAAAAAUUCCUUAGCCAGGGCUCAGAGAUGAAGCGGUGAACGAGAUGGAAAUUGGGAGGGUAAGGGAGAGAGGCGUGCCCUUCAUUUCUUCCGAUAUCUAUCAAAGUGAUGACAUCCGUUGCUUACACGGGAGUAUCAUCCCCUCCUUUUCGGUCCCCCUUCAGUGCGAGCCUCGAAGUCGACUUGUCUGGUCCGCAGAAAUGCGGGCUAGCACAACCCAAAUAGCAUCUAGAAAGCCAUGAGUUUGAAAGAGCCAGUGACAGGCACUUUCCCAUCCAGUUACCCAGGUUGUAAGGUAUGUCUGUGUGACCCUCUCUCUGUGUAUAUCAGCCCGUGCACACAUGCACACAGACCCGCACACCGCAGACACACACACACACACACACACAGACGCAUUUCUACAUGACCCAUGCACACACAUGUACUGAUAAGAGAACUGUAGUGUGCAGGUGGCACACUUCCUUUCCUGCAGCAGUUUUGCAACAAAGCAAAACAAAACAAAACAAAAUCCAACCUAAAAAAAAAAAAAAAAAAAAACACAAAUU